AGAGGAGCCAGAGAGAGGACCGAGUCUGCUAGUGACAGUCUUCGGGCUGAGAGUGGGUCCCCGAGGGUCCCAGGACAGAGCAGCGCUCACCAUGCUGCUCUGCCUCACCCUGCUUCUCCUGAUGGGGCUGUCUGCGUGCGCUGGGGCAGGUGACAAGGAACUGGCACUUGGUGCUGAAGCAGGGUCCUGGGUGACCGUGACCCUGGAGGAAGAUGUCAUCCCCAGCAUUCAGCUCCAGCUCGGGGAGGUGAAGAGGGGCAAAGCGAGCCAGUUCUUUGGACUGAUGGGGAAGCAGGUGGGAGGAAUACCUCCCAUCCAGCCAGAGAGAACAGGGUAUCAGCAAGGACCAGUAGUCCAGGGCCUCCUGGGCAGGGGAGGACCAUCUACAGAAGGCAGAGAGGAUGAGGACCAGGGGUCAGAGUGA